UUAAAAUAAGAUGGCUACCCCAAUACGUCAGUGAAUAUUGAGAGAGCCCGAGGCCGGUACCGGUUUUACCAUAUCGCUGUUUCCCAGUGCUGCUACAAAAUGAGUUUUCUAACAAGUGACGAAGCUGUUGUAGCUUUUCAGAAAUAUUUCGGUGUGGUUUCGAUCGGCAAUUCUGCGAGUGAGAAGCACUGCAAUGAUACAUCUCGCCACAGCGAGAACAAUGGACUCGAUGCAAAUCGUGUUACAUCGCCCGGGCACACUUACCGGCUUCGAAACAGAGUAAUACCACUGCAACAACAAAAAGACUCGGCCAGCCAAAAGAUUGAGACGGAACAAGCUCAUACCAACGGAAUAAUUCUGGAUUACGAAAUUAGAUCAUAUUUCUGGUUUUAUUUAUUCACUUUCGGGGCAGCUCUGGCCAAUGAAGUAUUCUUCAUGAUAUUUCUACCGCUCUGCUGCUGGAACGUAACCAUGCUGCUACCCAGGCGAAUCGUAUACACAUGGAUGAUUUUGUUCUAUCUUGGCCAAGGAUCUAAAGAUGUCGUGAAGAUUCCUCGUCCAACUUCCCCACCGGUGAUUCGAUUGGAUACAACCCAAGUGUACAUGAAGGAAUAUGGUAUGCCGUCAACUCACGCCAUGCUGGGGAUAGGGUUAAUUGGAACUAUUAUGUACACCUUUGUAGAACAAUAUGAGUUUCCUGUCAUACCAGCGUUGGUUAUAUGUUUCCUAUGGGUUGCAUUGGUGUGUGCAAGCAGACUCUACCUUGGAAUGCACAAUGUCAUGGACAUUGUAAUUGGUCUGAUAUUUGCGGCUGUACUAAUGGCGAUAUAUGUACCAUUUUUUGAUGUACUAGAUGACUACUUUGCAUUUCACCCCAAUGUAGUAUGGAACGUGCUGUUGUUACCAUCUUUACAACUCUCGUUUAUCCCGACAUCACCGAAAUGAAUGCAUCGCGCGAGUUGACUACUACCUGUUGUGGUACAUCUGCAGGCUUUCUUAUUGGAGCAUGGUGUCGGCUUCAGUAUGGUAUUCAUCCCCUUGAUCCAGUAACGCCACCCCCAUACGCUAUUCCACCUCUAGAGCUGUCUUGGUUUCUACAAGCUACUGUCCGAACUGCUGUUGGUCUGGUUCUACUAU